UCUCAUCUAGCACCCGCUCCAUUCUCCAGUUCUCUCUCUACCUUCAACAAAAUUCAACACAGAAAUGGAGAACGCUCAGAGAAGAUUGGAUUCAAUCUCCGGCCAUAUGGACUCAUCAGUCCCCGCCCCUCCCAGCACUGGCGGCUUCAUCGGUCAUCAGAGGUGCAUUUCUGUGACGAACGAUAGUUACAAUCGUGUUCACGGCCAAGUCCCGACUCACAAACCUGUCUGGAAGAACAUCCCGACCGACGAAGUCGGCAAACAAUGGACCGACAUUAUCUACGAGAAAGCUGUCGGUGAAGGAAUUGCAAAGCUCACUAUUAACAGACCGGAGAGGAGAAAUGCUUUCCGUCCCCAAACGAUUAAGGAGCUUACUCGUGCUUUGAACGAUGCAAGAGACGAUAUUACCAUUGGAGUUAUCAUUUUAACCGGAAAGGGCAAUGAGGCAUUUUGCAGUGGUGGGGAUCAGAAAAUGAGAGGGAAGGAAGGUUAUGUGGAUCAUGACAGCUUUGGCAGACUCAAUGUUCUAGAUUUUCAGAUUGUAAUGAAACGUUGCCCCAAGCCCAUCAUUGCUAUGGUUGCUGGCUAUGCUAUUGGAGGAGGACAUAUAUUGCACAUGUGUGCUGAUAUUACUAUUGCUGCUGAUAAUGCCAUUUUCGGUCAGACUGGACCAAAGGUUGGAAGCUUUGAUGCUGGUUAUGGAAGUACCAUUAUGUCCCGUCUGAUUGGACCAAAAAAAGCUAGAGAAAUGUGGUACUUGGCAAGGUUUUACAAUGCCAUUGAAGCAGACAAGAUGGGAUUGGUUAACAUUAUUGUCCCGUUGGAGAAACUAGAGGAGGAAACCAUCAAAUGGUGCAGAGAAAUCAACAGAAACAGUCCAACUGCAAUUCGAGUGAUCAAAUCGGCCAUUAAUGCAGCGGAUGAUGGACAUGCUGGUAUUCAGGAGCUUGCAGGAAAUGCAACACUUAUGUUUUAUGGAACUGAGGAAGGUAAUGAGGGGAGGAAAUCAUUUGUUGAACACAGACGGCCAGAUUUCUCAAGAUUCCCUCGUCUUCCAUGAUUUUACCAAUUAAUGAUCAUUCCUCCUUACAUGGUUUUGCUGUUUGUUCGUGUUUUUCUAGUUACCAUUGUAUCUUUUUGUUUUUCCUCGUCUGUCUGGUUAUGAUUGUUGCUGGAAUAAGGAAUAAGAAGAUUUAUUACUCUUCAGUCUUAAUGUUUGUUGAUCUAUUGUAACAUCGGUUCUAUGUUUUAUUAAUAUCUGCAAUAAAAUAAACUUGUCAUCA